GUACUACUGCCAGCAACCACUUGCUCUCCACUGUUCUCUCCUCUUGCUCUCAUCACCCCCAUUUCUGAUUGAUUUCUGAGAGAAUUUAGAGAGAGAGAGAGAGAGAGAGGGAGGAGACGAGACAGAGAAAGAAUCGAAUGCUCUGGAAAUGGGCAUCCCUUUAUCCCUAAAACGUCUAAUAUAAAGCUAAAGCAAGCAAAAGAAACAAGGUCCAUCCAUGCCAUUGCUGCUCAGAGAGAGAGGGAGAGAGAGAGAGAGAACGUGGAAAGAAGAAUCUUUGUGGUAGUGGGGAUCUUUGAUAAUUUUUACUGGGCCACUCACUCUCCUUCUACCGUCAAAGAAUUUGAUUCUAUUUAUUGGAGAAAGGACAAACCACACUGCUCCUCUUCGUGUUCCCAGUAGGCUUGAGUUAUAAGCCCAAAUUUUUGAUAAUGGUUUCAAGGUCAUAUUCAAACCUUUUGGAUCUUGCUUCUGGUCAAUCCCCGUCUUUUAGUCAAGGAAGCAAGAGGCUGCCUCGAGUGGCAACUGUAGCUGGGGUAUUAUCUGAACUAGAUGAUGAAAAUAGCAAUGGUGCUGGCUCUGAUGCUCCCUCAUCUCUGUCCCAAGAGCGGAUGAUCAUCGUGGGUAAUCAACUUCCACUCCGGGCUCAUCGAAGAUCAGAUGGCAGUGGAGGGUGGAACUUCAGUUGGGAUGAAGAUUCACUUCUUUUGCAACUCAAAGAUGGCCUUGGAGAAGAUGCACAAGUUAUCUAUGUUGGUUCUCUUAAGGAAGAAAUUGACCCUAGUGAACAAGAUGAAGUAGCACAAACCUUGCUUGAAACUUUCAAAUGUGUCCCCGCUUUCAUUCCUCCGGAGCUCUUCAGUAAAUUCUAUCAUGGAUUUUGUAAGCAGCAUUUGUGGCCUUUAUUUCACUAUAUGCUUCCCUUAUCACCAGAUCUUGGUGGGAGGUUUGAUCGGUCCCUUUGGCAAGCUUACCUCUCAGUGAACAAGAUAUUUGCAGAUAAAGUUAUGGAAGUGAUCAACCCCGAUGAUGAUUUUGUGUGGGUUCACGACUACCAUUUGAUGGUUUUGCCAACAUUUCUGAGGAAGAGGUUUAACAGAGUGAAGCUUGGAUUCUUUCUCCACAGUCCAUUCCCAUCGUCAGAAAUAUACCGCACCCUACCUAUUAGAGAUGAACUUCUACGAGCACUCUUGAACUCUGACCUUAUCGGCUUCCAUACUUUUGACUAUGCAAGGCACUUCCUUUCUUGUUGCAGUAGAAUGCUUGGCAUUUCUUAUCAGUCCAAGAGGGGUUACAUUGGUAUUGAGUACUAUGGUCGUACAGUGAGCAUUAAGAUUCUCCCUGUUGGGAUUCACAUGGGCCAGAUUCAGUCUGUGCUGUAUCUUCCUGAGACCGGAUCCAAGGUUGCAGAAUUACGGGAUCAGUUUAGGGGUCAGACUGUUUUGCUUGGGGUUGAUGACAUGGACAUCUUCAAAGGGAUAAGUUUAAAACUACUGGCUUUUGAACAGUUGCUCAUCCAGCAUCCUGAUAAGAGGGGUAAAGUUGUUUUGGUUCAAAUUGCAAAUCCUGCAAGAGGGCGAGGGAAAGAUGUCCAGGAGGUACAAUCUGAAACAUAUGCUACUGUAACCAGAAUAAAUCAAGCAUUUAGGCGACCAGGAUAUGAUCCAGUAAUUUUGAUUGAUAUCCCGCUUCAGUUCUAUGAGCGAAUUGCUUAUUAUGUAAUUGCAGAAUGUUGUCUGGUGACAGCAGUGAGAGAUGGGAUGAAUCUUAUACCUUAUGAAUACAUUAUAUGUCGACAAGGAAAUGAGAAGCUAGACAACGCCUUGGGACUAAAACCAUCAGCCCCAAAGAAAAGCAUGCUAGUGGUUUCAGAGUUCAUUGGGUGCUCCCCUUCUCUUAGUGGUGCAAUUCGAGUUAACCCAUGGAAUAUUGAAGCUGUUUCUGAAGCUAUGGAUUCUGCCUUAAUUGUUUCUGAGGAAGAGAAACAGUUGAGGCACGAGAAACACUAUAAGUAUGUGAGUACACAUGAUGUAGCGUAUUGGGCACAUAGCUUUUUGCAAGAUCUUGAAAGGGCAUGCAGGGAUCAUGUCAGGAGGAGAUGCUGGGGUAUUGGUUUUGGUUUAGGAUUUCGGGUUAUUGCUUUGGACCCAAACUUUAGGAAGCUUUCAGUUGACCAUAUUGUUUCUGCAUAUAAGAGGACCAAGAACCGGGCAAUUCUAUUGGAUUUUGAUGGUACUAUGAUGCUGCAAAGUUCAAUCAGCACAACUCCUAGUACCGAGGCUGUUGCAAUUUUAAAAAGCUUAUGCAGUGACCCCAAAAAUGUUGUGUUCAUUGUCAGUGGCAAGGGUAAGAAUACUUUGUCCGAAUGGUUUUCUUCAUGUGAAAAGCUUGGGAUAGCUGCAGAGCAUGGUUAUUUUUUGAGGCCUAAUGGAGAAGCAGAAUGGGAAACCUGUAUUCCUGUACCAGAUUUUUAUUGGAAACAGAUAGCUGAGCCUGUAAUGAAAUUAUACACUGAAACAACAGAUGGUUCUACCAUAGAGACAAAAGAGAGUGCUCUUGUUUGGAAUUAUCAGUGCGCAGAUUGGGAUUUUGGCUCCUGUCAGGCCAAGGAGCUUCUAGAUCACCUGGAAAGUGUCCUCGCCAAUGAACCAGUGUCUGUCAAGAGUGGUCAACACAUUGUAGAAGUUAAACCACAGGGGGUCAACAAAGGUCUUGUCGCAGAGUGCCUCCUCCACACAAUGCGGCAGAAGGGCAUGCUUCCCGAUUUUGUACUUUGUAUUGGGGAUGACAGGUCGGAUGAGGACAUGUUUGAGGUGAUAAGAACGGCCAUGGCAGGUCCUGCUCUCUCCCCUGUUGCCGAAGUUUUUGCAUGCACUGUUGGCCAGAAACCGAGCAAGGCCAAGUACUACUUGGAGGAUAGUACCGAGAUACUAAGAAUGCUGCAGGGCCUUGCUGCUGCUUCCGAGCAGUCAUCUAAAAGUGCUUUGCAAACUUCCCAACAAACAAUCAUCGACAGAGAAUAAGCAAUCUCUUUGGUUUUUCAGCAUUACAAUCCUUUUUGACCCAUUUUUUAUUUUCUGAUGGAGGUUGAAUUUGAUGACUGGAAGAUUUUGUUCUUGUGUUAUCUAGGUUCUUGAAGUUUGUUUAGUCUGGCUGCUAUUGGCAAGGGUGUAGUUGAUAUUCCAGCAUUAAUACUGAACUAUUUGAUUUGAUUUUGCUGUA